AUGGAUAUUUGGUAUUCACUACUUGGGGCUAUUCCAAUAGCUUUGAGCGUUUAUUAUCUGUACAGGACCAUGAACGCGGUGCCCGGCUGCAUCUUCUGCGACAUCAUCCAUGGCAAUGGCAAGAGGGAUCUUCAGUUGGCAAUGAAUGACAAGUGUGUCGUGAUUAAAGACCACAAGCCCCAGGUGCCCCAUCACUACCUGGUCCUCUCGCAUGCGCAUAUCAAUCGACCCACCGAUCUCACCUUUGCCGACAUUCCGUUGAUUCGCGAGAUGGAGAAAACCGGUCGUGAGGUGCUACGAUUGGAUCUGAAAGCGAAAGGCGAAGCGGACACGGUCGAAGACAUGCUUCGUAUCGGUUUUCACUGGCCGCCAAUGAUUCGCGUCAAUCACUUGCACAUGCACAUUCUCUAUCCGGUUAAAGAUCUUGGCUUCUUCUCGAAAAUGUUGAUCUUCAAGCCAGGAAAAGUCUUCCGUGAAACGUCUCGCGUUAUACAGGAACUUGAGGAGAAAGCCGGACUUCAAAAGGGUGAGAGCAGCAAUCCGGCGAAAGAGGACGAAUUCGAGACGUUACCGGCGCACGCAAUCGCAAAU